AUGGUUGUGGAUGAGACGUACUAUGAGCGUUUGGAGAUUUCUCCGGGUGCUUCAAAGCUUCAGAUCAAGAAAUCAUACCGUAAACUGGCAAUAAGGUAUCAUCCAGAUAAAAAUCCGGGAAACAACGAGGCAUUGGAGAGGUUUAAAGAAAUCAGUGAAGCGUACAAAGUGCUUAGUGAUGACCAAUUACGUGCCAAAUACGAUAAAUACGGAUUGCAAGAGGGACAGGAAGUGACAGAUCCGCAGAAAUUCUUUGACCAGAUAUUUGGUGGUGAAGCAUUUCUAGACUACAUCGGGGAGCUCACGCUCAUGAAAAACUUGUCGAAGGAGUACGAGAUGGAAAAAAAAGAGGAAAAUUUGGAUCACGAUGAGGGCGAUAAAGAUGAUAAACAGGAUAAAAAGGAGUCUGAUGACCAGACGGGGCCUGCAACAACUACUUUCAACACGGAGUCGCAAACUUUGAUGCUAGAAAAUGGUGAACUUAGUGGAUUGAGCGAGGAGGAGCGUCAGAAGAAGUUCAAGAAGGAAGAGGAAGAGAAGAAAAAGCAGGAAAGAGAGAAAAUGGAGGAAGAAAGCAGACUAUAUAAAGAGCAAAUUAUCGAACAACUCACAAAGAAAUUGGUGGACAGACUAUCAUUAUACACUGAAUCGACACGUGACAACGAUGUGAUUAAAUCGUAUAGGGAAAAGUUUAGGCUAGAGGCAGAGAACAUGAAGAUGGAGUCAUUUGGAUUAGAGAUUCUUCAUACAAUUGGUGAGAUUUACGUGACCAAAGCUAGCAUAUUUUUAAGAUCUCAACGGUCGUUUCUCGGCUUAGGAGGGUGGAUUGGAUCUAUAAAGGAGAAGGGUGGAAUUAUAAGAGAUACUUACAGAACCAUAAGUACUGCACUUGAUGCACAGAGAACAAUGCAAGAGCUUGCAGACAUGAAUGAUAAGAGGGACAAGUUUUUGAAGAGUGAAGAAGACAAGGACAAGAAUAAGGAUGCCGAUAAAACCGCAAAGGAGGAGAAGAAGGGUGAGGAGAAGGAAAACGGCAGAAAUGAAACGGUAAACGAUGAAGAUGAAACUCGGCAACCAGAUCACAAGAAGAGAGAACUGAUUGCAGCUGAUGCAAAGAAAGAACAUAUACCGACGGAUGAGGAGGUGGCAGAAAUGGAAAAGAUGCUCAUGGGCAAGAUCAUUGCUGCUGCAUGGAAAGGAUCACACAUGGAAAUAUCAUCAACUCUCCGAGAUACAGUGGAUAACGUGCUUUAUGAUGAUACGGUGAGCAUUUCGAAAAGAAUACAAAGAGCUGAAGCUCUUAGGAUGAUAGGGGAGGUGUUUAAUUCUGCAAAAAGAUCAAAGUAUGAGGCUGAAGAGGCACGGAUGUUUGAAGAGUUAAUGGCAGAGGCGACUCAGAAGAAGACGCAAAAGUGA